AAGUCGGGCUAAUGAAUCCGUUGGCUUUUAAAAUUUCAUAUCUCUUGCCAACAGGCCAGCACAUUGUUCCUUUGUUAAAAAUUUUAUGGAAUUAAUUUAUAAGGAAAAAGUUUCUUAUUUAUCAAAGUGAAUUAAAAUGGCAGACCGUACACAUACUUCAAGAUUAGCCUCUUACAAAAAUGCUGGCCAUGGAGCUACUGAAUUACGUCGUAAGAGGGCUGAGUUGAGCGUCACUCUCCGCAAACAGGCUAGAGAUGAACAACUCCUCAAACGUAGGGCUAUGUCCCCGGAGGCGGGGGAGGUGUUGGACACAGAAAAGGUCAUGACACCUGCAGAAAUCGUACAAGGUUUGAAAUCAGCUGAUCUAGCUGUAAAGACAGCUGCAGCCAGAGCCGGUAGACGUAUGCUCUCGAGGGAACAGAAUCCUCCAAUUUCUAUAAUGGUUAACGCUGGUGUCAUAAAACCAUUGGUGGAUGCUCUUGAUAGGGAUGAAUGCCAAGAUUUACAGUUCGAAGCAGCAUGGGCCCUCACAAAUAUUGCAUCUGGCACACAUGAACAUACCAUGGCUGUUAUUAAUGGAGGAGCGAUCCCGAAGCUGGUGUCGCUGCUGGCGCGCGGCGGCGUGGUGGGCGAGCAGAGCGCGUGGGCGCUGGGCAACAUCGCGGGCGACGGCGCGGCGCCGCGCGACGCGGUGCUGCAGCUCGGCGCGCUGCCCGCGCUGCUGCCGCACCUCACCGCCGCCACCGCGCCCAGCCAGCUGCGCACCGCCGCCUGGACCUACAGCAACUUCUGCAGGAAUAAAAAUCCCCUAGUGAAAUUUGAACUAGUCGCCCCAGCACUGCCUUAUGUUGCGGAACUCCUCACUGUAGCCGACCAAGAAGUGCUCGCGGACACAUGUUGGGCCCUUUCUUAUUUGACCGACGGUCCAAACGAGCGUAUAGAAGAAGUGCAAAAUACGAAACACCUCCUGCCGCGCUUGGUCAAGCUCUUGCAGCACAAGUCGCCGGCUGUCCGCACUCCAGCGCUGCGAGCUGUCGGCAACAUGCUUACCGGCUCGGAUGUACAAACGGAUCGUUGUCUAGAAGCAGGCUGUCUAGAUCACCUCAUAGCACUAAUGCACUGCGGGAAACCGUCACUGGUGAAGGAAGCCGCUUGGGCCGUCAGCAACGUGCUCGCCGGGACUCAGACACAGAUCCAAAUGGCAGUUGACAAAGGGCUGUUGCAACACCUUGUGUCUGUUCUCACGACCGAGGACAUCAAAUGUCAAAAAGAAGCAGCUUGGGCGAUAACUAAUCUUUGCCUGGGAGGGACCCCGGGACAGCUGGAUGCAUUAAUAUCGGCCGGUUUCUUGGAGCCUUACUGCGCGAUACUGGCGUCCCCCGACCAACGUGCCGUCACUGUUGUUUUGGACGGACUUACACAAUUGAUGAAAGCUGCUGCGGAAUUCGGCCAAGUUGAACCUCUCUGUAUAAAACUCGAAGAGAUUGGUGCUUUAGAUCGUAUCGAAUCGUUGCAAGAACACGAAAAUGAACAGAUCUAUAAGAAAGCUCUCUAUAUCUUGGAUAACUACUUCGUUGAUCAAGAAGAUCGUAACACCCAGCCUCAGGAGUCGUCAGAUGUGUAUCAGUUUGCGCCGAAUGAAGCAGAUGGAAACAUUAAUUUUUAACCAGUAUUCUCGGGAAAAAUUUAAAGACUGGAUGUACUAUAAUAAUCAAAUAAAAAUAAGUAGAUAAGUGCUUUUAAAAAGAGAGGGAGGGACUUUAAAUACCAAUAAAACCUUAAUCUAUCAAUUUCUCCUAUACCAAUAGGUAUUCAUAUUGAUAAUGUUUUUGUAAAAAAAAUUUUGAACUCCAUGAUUUUGUUUUUAAUUUCUUAAUGAAUAGCUUUUUUCUCACAUGAAUAGUCGAAUCUUAUUGAUUUGUAUAUUUUCUUAUAAACAUGGUAUUAAGAUUGAAAGAAAAUUUUGUAAGUGAUCAUAUUUUUAAAUAGCUAUUUGUAUGAAACCUCCCCUCCAGCUGCGAAGGAGAUAAUUGUUAUGUUAAACUAUUCCAAGCAGCAAGUAUAUCAAGAAUAAGCAACAGCUACCCAUUAGUUUAAAAAUAAAUGAAAAAUAGGGCGAAAACAUCUCCCCAUUUUGAAAAAACAUGUCGAGUCGGCGUUUUCAAUGUUGCAUUAUGAAUUUGUUAGUAAAUUCCGUGAUAAAUCACUCGGCUGUAUGCCGCCGACCCGCUAUUAAUACGUAAAAAAAAGUUGAAAUGUACCUUCCGUUAUAAUUUCUGUAUGUUAUAUGUUGUAUAUGAGUUAGAUAAUAUUUUUAUUAACACUUUUUUUUAACAAUUAUUAUUAUACUGUACUCGAAAAUUUUGGAUUGUUUUGUUUGUGAACGAGAUACUUCGCAUAUCCAAAAACUGAUUCAGUUAUUUAUAUAUUUCAGUGUAAUGUAAGUUUUUCUCGAGAUAUAUUUCGGGAUUACUACGUAAUCGUAAUUGAAGCCUUAUGGGGGCCUUGGUGAUGUCUUCAUGGUAUCAGAACUACACACCAACUGCUAAAUUGCAAUUGAAUUGCAACAGUACUGCAGUUGCUAUGUGUCGAAACUGCAAACCGACUGGGACGUCUUUUCCAAGUAGAGGGGUUGAAGUCAGUUCUAAUUCUGAAGUAAAACUAAAAAAUCUAAUCAAUUAAUUACAUAGAUAUUAAAAUAAAAUGAAGUAAGCUAUCAUUUAUGAUGAGAUUUUUUAUUUAUACUAAUGAUCAAGUAGGUGCAUACAGGCCUCAAUGGAAAUCAACUCGUAAGUGAACUAUAACUGUCUGUAUUUUUUUAUUCAUUGAUAAUAUUGAGCCGGUCUCAUUCAUUUCAAUAGUUAAUUGUAGUUUA